AUGGAGCUGGUUGGAGCUAAACUGUUCAAAGCAGUGGUGCUCCAGGAACUGAGUUUGAGACCACUGCCCUGUGGUGUGUUUGCUGAUACGGUUACAGUGGAGUCAGUGUCAGUGACGGAGGGAGAUUCAGGCACUCUUCACUCUGGUGUGACUGCUAUAACAGAUGUAGAACAGAUUCUGUGGAGGUUUGGAUCUGAAAACACUUUAAUAGCUGAAAUCGAUGUACUGGCCGGCACCGUCACUGUACCUGAUAAUGUUCUUGGUGGGAGAUUCAGAGACAGACUGAAGCUGGAUCAUAAAACUGGAUCUCUGAUCAUCACAAACACCAGAACUGAACACACUGGAGACUAUCAAUUACAGACCAGCAGUGUGAGGAAGAGAUUCACUCUCACUGUCUACGCUCGUCUUCCUGUUCCUGUCAUCAUCAGAGACUCUUCAAACUGUUCUUCAUCAUCAUCUUCAUCACAGCAGAAUUGUUCACUGGUGUGUUCAGUGGUGAAUGUGGGUCAUGUGACUCUCUCCUGGUACAAAGGAAACAGUUUAUUGUCCAGCAUCAGUGUGUCUGAUCUCAGCAUCAGUCUCUCUCUACCUCUGGAGGUGGAAUAUCAGGAGAAAAACAGCUACAGCUGUGUGAUCAACAAUCCCAUCACAAACCAGACCACACAUCUGGACAUCAGCAAA